AUGACUUGCUUAUUAGACGACGACCAAUCAUGGAAUACAACGCGUCCGGAAUUUUCUCAAUGCUUUCGUCAAACGGUAUUAAUAUGGAUACCGUCGGCAUUCCUGUGGCUCUUCGCGCCCAUGGAGUGCAUUAUAAUCGCCCGAUCGAAGGCUCGACUCAUACCGUGGAAUAUAUAUAACAUGUCAAGAAUUAUAUCCGUAGCCAUCAUAUGUCUGUUUGCAUUACUCGACUGUUUAUUCUGUAUAUAUCUGUAUGGCGUACACGACGAACAACGCGACGCUUUCCAAUUUGCCGCCCCUUUUGUCACUUUUGCUACUUUUUUAUUACUCGAAUAUUUCAUCGAUGGAGGGGAAUACACACGAGUGGAGUGGUUUGGCUUUUCCUGUUAA